UCAAGCAGCUCAUAAUAUUUGUUAAUGUUGUUUCUAUGGUCUAGAGGGAAACUAUAGAGUCAUAUAAAUAUAAAGUCAGUUUAUUAUUAAGCUUGUCAUAUGUAAAGUCAAACAUUCCCACUGGUGAUACAUCUUUGUCAUGACUGAACAAGGGUAGCGUUUAUCAAUUACAGGACCCAUAUUAAGGAUUCUAAGGAGAGACAAUAAUUCUGUCAAGAAAAAAUAUGUGGCAUUCAUCUUAGCGAUAACUUAAAGAUGGACAAUCAAACAAUUGUCUCUUACUUUUUGCUCCUGGAAUUCUCCAAAGAUCGGCAUCUGCAGCUUUUACAUUUCAUCUUAUUCUUCAUAUUAUAUCUGGCAAUUACAACAGCAAAUCUUAUCAUCAUCUCUGCAAUAGCUUUUGACCAUCGACUACACAGCCCCAUGUACUUGUUUCUGGUGAAUUUGGCAGUACAGGAUGUGGGUAUUGUUUCAGCCAUUGUUCCCAAAUCCAUGAUAAAUUCUCUCAUGAACACCAGAUAUAUCUCUUACUUUGAUUGCUUUGCACAAGUAUUGAUCUUUAACUAUUUUGAAGCUUCUGAUUUCUUCCUCCUGACAGUCAUGGCAUAUGAUCGGUAUGUUGCCAUUUGCCAACCGUUGCACUACGAGUUGGUGAUGAACUGGAAAGCCAGCAUCAAAAUGAUGAUCCUGGUGUGGGUGACAAGUUUUCUCUAUGGUAUGUGGCACACCAUUGGUACUUUUUACAUCCCUUUUUGUUCUAAUGUUGUCAACCAGUUUUUCUGUGAAAUUCCACAUUUGCUAAAACUGUCCUGCUUUGGGUUCAAUUUAGUUGAAGUUGGAUUCCUUGUGGUUAGUAUAAUCACUUUAGGAUUAGGUUGCUUUAUUUUUAUCAUUGUCUCUUACACUAUGAUCUUCAAGGCAGUUUUGAAAAUCCCUUCUGUGAAAGGAAGACAGAAGACCUUUUCCACGUGUCUUCCCCACCUUACGGUCUUUUCAAUGUUUUGGGUAACUGUGUGCUUGGCGUAUCUGAAACCUCCCUCUACCACCCAAUCUUACUUAGAUUUCAUACAAACUGCUCUUUACUGUUUACUUCCACCUCUGUUUAACCCAAUCAUAUAUAGCAUCAGAAAUAAGAAUAUCAAAUCUGCUGUGUCUAAAUUAUGGACUUUCCUUUGACAAUAUUUUCUAUUCUAUUUUUCCCCACAUUGAAUCUUUUAAGGAAGCAACCUUCCACUCAGCAGAAAA